CUGUUGCCACGCCCAUCUUUUCCCCUCGCUCGAGCUUGCGUGGAUUUAGCAAAAUCUCCGCUGCUGGGCUGAUCGCUAAUGCCCCAUUAGUGCUCCCUUCGUUAUCUUUCGUUGCCGGUCUCGCUUUCUUGUCCCACGGCUUUUCGUUUCCUUGCCAUUCAAAAUAAACCAACAAAAAGGGGACGCCUUUUUGGGGUUUCUUCACGGGCUCUCCUCGACCCCGAUCGCCCUUUCGUUUUCAAAUUCGAGCUGGAAGUCUCCGCUUUCUGGAGUUCUCCAAUUUGGGUUUCUUUGGUUCGUGCCUGAGCGGGUGUUUGUGGUGGGUGUGGGAUUAAGAGAGAGAGAGAGAGAGAGAGAGAGAGAGGGGGGGAGGGAGGGAGGGAGGGAGGGGGAGAAAACGAGAGAGAGAGAUUGGAUCGAGGGAGAGAGGGAUGGCCCGAGCGGGGAACAAGAACAUACAAGCCAAGCUGGUGGGUACUUCUUGGGGACAUGGGAGCUGGAAAAACAAGUCUGGUGCUGAGAUUUGUCAAGGGCCAAUUCCACGAGUACCAGGAAUCCACUAUCGGCGCAGCCUUCUUUACUCAGGUCUUGUCCCUGAACGAAGCGACUGUGAAGUUUGAUAUAUGGGAUACGGCCGGACAGGAAAGAUAUCACAGCUUGGCUCCAAUGUACUAUCGAGGUGCUGCUGCAGCUGUCGUUGUCUAUGACCUCACUAGCAUGGACUCAUUUCAACGAGCCAAAAAAUGGGUUCUAGAACUGCAGAGACAAGCAGGGAAUCCCAAGUUAAUAAUGUUCUUGGUGGCGAACAAGGCGGACCUGGAGCAGAAAAGGCAAGUGCUGAGUGAGGAAGGCGAGCAAUAUGCUAAGGAAAAUGGUUUGUCGUUUCUUGAAACUUCAGCAAAGACUGCACAGAAUGUCAAUGAGCUUUUCUAUGAGAUAGCGAAGAGAAUUGCAAAAGCUACUCCUUCACGACCGACUGGAAUGAAGCUGCAGAGACAAGAAAGUCGAAGAAGCUUAUUUUGUUGCUCGGGGUGAUUCCAGUGCUUGCUCUCUUAAGGAAAUUGCUGCGAAUGGCUGUGGUGGAUGCACCUCUUGUGGUUGUCGAUGUUGAAGAUGGAAUCUCAUUCUGACCCUGGCUCGUGAAUACUUUCAUAUGUACACAGUAUUUCACCGGACAAAAUCCUUUGCUUACCAUUUCAAUUGUAUCAAAUUCUCCUUCAUGUGGAAAGGGUUAUGAAAACUCGUAAGCAAUAAGAAAUGUUGCUCCAAAAAUGAUCGUUGUGGCUAACGUUUUUCGGGCAUUUUUAA